AUGAGCAACGUGCCCGAAGACCGGCUCAAGGUCGGCGACAUGAUCCGUUUCGACGUGGGGUGCCUCUACAAAGGCUACCUCACCGACAUGUCCCGGACGUUUUCCUUCGGCCCGCCGGACGACAAAUUCACCAGCUAUUACAACGCUGUUCUGAAAGGCCAAGAUCUGGCCCUCAGCCUGGUCAAGCCGGGCAAGAUCGCCUCCGAGAUCUUCAACGACACGGUGGCCGAAGUGCGCGAGACCGGCAUCCCGCACUACGGCCGCCAGCACGUGGGACACGGCAUCGGCCUGGGCCUCGGCGGCUACGACCGCCCCACCAUCGCCCCCGGGAGACCACACAGCCCUGGAGGCCGACAUGGUGCUGUGCAUCGAGACGCCCUACUACGAGAUGGGCUGGGGCAGCGUCCAGGUGGAAGACAUGAUCGUGGUGACCGAGGACGGCUACCGGCGGCUCACCUCCGUACCGCGCCAUCUCCAGGUGCUGGAGCCUCGUUCGUGAUGGCGCCCUUCGACUUCGAUGGCGCCCUUCGACUUCGCUUCGCUACGCCUGUCCUGAGCUUGUCGAAGGGCUCAGGGCGAACGGAUAAGUUAAGGGAUUCUGAUUAA